AAAAAACAAAAAAUAAACCCAAAAGUUACCCAACAAAGCGAAAGAGAGAGGAGGAAAGUUUUGUUCUUCAAGCGUAGGAUAAAAAGGGUCAUUCUCACCUCUUUCCCUCACAGCCAAAAAAAACCUACCAAAGUCUGAUAGAGAUUUCAGAUCCCCGUCGAUCCUCUUGCCUCCUUCUCCUUCUCCUUCAUCGCACAUCAAAGGAACACGCUAUUAAGCCCUGUGUUCUAUUAUAUUCUUCUCUCUUCUUGGUCUAUAUAUAUCAAAAGACUCGAAGCUGAUCACGUGUGUGUGUGUGUCUCUCUCUCUCUCUCUCUAUAUAUAUCUAUAGGUUUAAGGUGUUAUUAUUAUACAUUCGAUCAUAUUGGAGAUGAAAAGAGAGGAAGAUCAUGGGCAGUGUUCUUCGCAAGCCAUAAACAACUUUCACAGCUAUCAAGAGCAGCUGCUUCUGCAACAGAUGCAGCAACAGAACAGUAUGUUUCCUGAAGUUUCUCCAAUCCUUCAGCCAUGGAAUAUUCCUCCGGUUCACUCCUUCAACCAGGCGGCCCACCAUCAUCACUUCGCCAAUCCGGUCCGAGUCGACCAACACGACCCGUUUCUUCUUCCUCCGCCGCCACCUCCUCCUCCGGCUGGACCCUACGCCGGUUUGUUUAACCGGAGGGUUCCUUCUCUGCAGUUUGCCUACGACGGCUCAGCUUCCGACCAUCUCCGGAUCUUAUCGGAGGCUCUUGGACCCAUGGUUCAGCCCGGUUCAGCUCCGUUCGGCCUGCAGGCCGAGUUGGGCAAGAUGACGGCUCAAGAAAUUAUGGACGCUAAGGCUCUUGCAGCGUCUAAGAGUCACAGUGAAGCUGAAAGGAGACGCAGGGAGAGAAUCAAUAACCAUCUCGCCAAGCUUCGAAGCUUAUUGCCCAGUACAACCAAAACGGAUAAAGCAUCGUUGCUAGCAGAAGUGAUUCAGCAUGUGAAGGAACUGAAGCGCCAGACGUCACUGAUAGCAGAAACGAGCCCAGUGCCGACGGAAGUCGACGAGCUGACGGUGGACGCCGCCGACGAGGACGGCAAGUUAGUGAUCAAAGCCUCGUUCUGCUGCGAGGACAGGUCGGAUCUGUUGCCGGAACUGAUCAAAGCGCUGAAAGCACUCAAGCUAAGAACCCUCAAAGCCGAGAUCACCACUCUGGGUGGACGCGUGAAGAAUGUGUUGUUCAUUACAGGGGAAGACGGUGGCGGCGACUCAUCAAGCAGCGACGAGCAACAUCAUCAUAAUUAUCAUCUUGAUGAUGAAAGCCAGAGGAUGAUGCAGCAGCAACAGUACUGUAUAAACUCGAUACAAGAAGCUCUUAGGGCUGUGAUGGAGAAGAGUGGUGGUGGGGAAGAGACGGCAAGUGGGGGUAUCAAGAGACAAAGGACUAAUAACCUUAAUAUCCUCGAACACAGGUCUUUAUAAUCGCUACUGCUACUACGACGUAGUGUACGUACUAAGUUUAUUCAUCUUCAAAGAUCAGAUCUAGUAGCUGCCUACCUUAUAUAUUACUACACACUAAAAUGAGAUCGAUCUCUUGCCGGUUUUUUAUUUUUUAUUUUUAUUUUUGGUGCCUACUUUUUCGGGUGUGGUUUUUUGUGGUGUGCCGGAAAAAUGUCAUUUACUAUAUAAUGAACUAAUAUAAUAUGUGGUUUUUGUGUA